AUACAGAAACUAAAAUGGGUUACAUUGCACUUGCUAUGGGUUUCAAGCAUUUCAUUUUUUUCUGAGCUAAAGACAGCAACUAAGAACUUCCAAGAAGAGAUAGGUAAGGGAGGCUCUGGCACAGUAUAUAAAGGAGUUCUGAACAAUGGAAGAGCUAUUGCUGUGAAGCGACUGGAAGGAGUACAACAAGGGGAUGCAGAAUUUUGGGCAGAGGUAAAUAUCAUUGGGAGAAUUAACCACAUGAACUUAGUGAAGAUGUUAGGCUUCUGCGCCGAGGCUAAGAAUAAGCUUUUAGUUUAUGAAUACUUGGAGUGUGGAUCCUUGGAUAAAAUCUUUUUCUCAGAUUCAUCUAGGAUGUUAGGGUGGGAUCAUAGGUAUAAUAUUGCUCUAGGGACAGCCAGAGGUUCUUACCUACACGAGGAGUGUCUGGAGUGGAUUCUGAGCUGUGAUAUAAAGCCUCAGAACAUACUGUUGGAUAAGGAUCUCCAACCUAAGGUGACAGACUUUGGAAUGUCAAAGCUUGUAAUGAAGAACCAAAAUUCAGGUUUUUCAAGGGUUCGUGGAACCAGAGGUUAUCUGGCCCCUGAGUGGAUGAUGAACCUAGAAAUUGAUGCAAAGGCAGAUGUCUACAGCUAUGGUAUUGUCUUGUUGGAAUUGCUCAGUGGGAAGGGUGCAUUAGGAUUUAGAUUGGAAGAACCCCAAGAGAACGACUGCAACCACUUGGUUCAGUGGGCAAGGCAAAAGGCAAAGCAAAGACAAGGGAUCAGUGAAAUUGUUGAUCCUACACUUGAUGGCGAGUAUGAUAUUGAAAAGCUCAAGAAGUUUGAAAGUGUUGCAUUGCUAUGUGUGGGAGAAGACCGCAAUACAAGGCCUCCCAUGAGUAGGGUUGUUGAGCUUCUUGUUGGAGAAGACAAGUCACAGUCAGAUGAAGACCGAGGAGAUUGGUGAUUAGAAAUAAAGGGGUUGAUCUUAUAGCUUUUGAUGCUUUGCACAACUAGCCAAAUUGUUUUUAAGUAAAAUGUUUCUAAAAUUGUUGAAGAACUUGAGUGCAACAUGUUCUUGUUUUAACAAUUAACAUUAUAUUUGUAGUUGACAACUACAACUGUAAGAUACUAUAGCUUUGUAAUUAUCAGUUGAAGAACUUGUUUGGUGUA